CGUCAACAGUUGUUUCUAAUCAUUAUUCGGUUACCUUUAUCACCUUACUACCUUACCGGACUCCAAAAUAUAUCAAAAAAGAAAAAAAAAACAAAUAUCGCAAAUUAUAGUACAUAUUGCAUAUUCCAAUUAUUUCAAUAAAAGCUGGCAUGGGGAAUAAUUGCUGGAUUCGUUUUCAAACAUUGUGGGAACAAUGAUUACGAUUAUAUGAAGUAAAAUAUGAUGUUGAAGUUUUGCUGUGCAAAGAAAACAACGGUUAAGCAGGCAGAGUAACAAACAAAAACAACAACAAUAAAUAAAAUACACAAUAGCUUUUAUAAGUUAAUGAGUAAUACAACAAUUCGGCUAACAAAUACCCUAAGACGAGGAAGGUGCAAAAAAAUAAAAGAUACCUGAAUAGCCAUUUGCUAACAUAUGUUUAUACCCGAGCGAGUUGCGAGUUGGCUCUUUUUCCAUAGUCGAGAAAUUCUUGAAGACAACUGUUGGUGGUAGUAAGGCGAAAUAUGGGACAGACACGCUACGAAUCGCACAAAUAUGCCCGCCUUAAUGGGUUGGAAGCGUCAACAAGGACGUACAAUGAUGAUGACCAGGAGGAAAUUGUUUUGAAUGACGAGGGGGACAGGGUCAGGUUCGGACUGGAGAGUGACGAAGAUGUAGACCAGCAAACACAAGACAAUGGUUAUUUGACAACGCGCGGUAGCUCCUUGACAAACUCCUCUACGACAGCAACAUUAAAAGAUCGCCUCAACGAUUCUCGCUUGAUGCAGAUGGCUAUUUGUUCCUUGGCGACCAUAUUACUUUAUUUAUUUUUGUCCAUAUGUCUGACAUUUUAUCAAAAAGCUUUAAUUAGGGAACUUAAAUUUCCGUUAAGUAUUGUAACUUACCAUUUGGUGGUGAAGCUACUUAUAGCGUGCUUCAUACGUGCCAUUUACAAAUGCGUUGUUGGGAAGUCCAGAAUUCAACUGGAUUUUCGGACAUCUGUUCGGAAGAUGGGUCCCACCGGUUUAGCGAGCGGCAUUGAUAUUGGGUUUUCAAACUGGGGAUUGGAAUUGGUACCGAUUUCAUUGUACACAAUGACCAAGUCUUCAACCAUUGUGUUCAUAUUAAUAUUUGCCAUACUGUUGGGAUUGGAAAAGAAGAGUUGGUCACUGGUUUUUAUUGUUUCGCUGAUAUCGUUGGGCCUCUUUAUGUUUACCUACAAAUCAACGCAAUUCCAUACGUUGGGAUUUAUAUUUAUUUUAGUAGCCUCCCUCAGUGGCGGUGUACGAUGGAGUUUAGCCCAAUUUCUAAUGCAAAAGUCUAAGCUUGGCCUGCACAAUCCAAUAGAUAUGAUUUAUCACAUGCAACCGUGGAUGAUAUUAGCUCUUUUGCCAUUUGUGAUCAUUUUUGAAGGCAAGCCUUUCUUUGGAGUCAUGGAUAAAUUGAGUGAAUUUCCCGGCACGGAAAUAAAUAUGGUUAUUUUGAAAAUAACAUUCGGUGCAGCAAUGGCUUUCUGUAUGGAAGUUGCAGAAUUUUUGGUAUUGGUUAAAACUUCCAGUUUAACACUAUCGAUAGCUGGCAUUUUCAAGGAUAUAUUCCAACUAGCCUUGGCCGUCGCAUACAAUGGAGACGAGCUGACUUUGGUCAACUGCUUGGGCCUUAUAGUAUGUCUAGCGGGUAUAUCAUGCCAUAUUCUACACAAAUAUUCGAUGCUUACAAGAAAUGAAUUAAAUUUGUCAGCGGGUGAAGACGAUGAUUCUUUUGACUUGCAGUGCAGCGACGGCACGGGAAGUGUUGCAUUUUCAGCUGGCCAUAGCAACGUUGCACACACAAGUGGUAUCAUUAAUUCGGAUUUUAAUGAAGGUGGAAAGAAGCAUUCUUCACUAACUGUUCCACUUUUGGAGGAAACGGAUUCCGACGACGAUGCACAUGGCUCGCCGAAUAAAGAUAAUUCCUCAGAUGUCAUAUUCGAUAUACUAAAACGGAGAGAUAAUCAACGGUGAACAUAUAGUAAAAAUUCAGAUUGCUGACAUUGUUGUUAAAGUACCAUUCCAAAAAUAUUUUUUUAAGCUGUAGAUAGAAUUUGAAAUCUAAUGCAUACGUAUUUUCAUUUGAUUAAGAAAUUCUUACACAAGACAGCCCCAAUUAUUAAUUAAAAUUGUUGUUAAGAGUAUUUUUAUACAUGUUACAUUUUCCUUCAAAACGUAAAAUGAUAAGAUUAACAACCCCUGUAUAGCCGUAUCUCAAGGAAAAUCCAGGCGUUAGUCUUCUCUUGCUGGCAAAAGUUUUGGUUGCACGCAAUCCAUGGAUGCGGAAAAACGGCUCAGAAAAAUUAAAUGCGUUUUUUUAAACCUAACUUUGAAGGCUUAUAGCAAUCAAACCUUUUGGUAGCAAGAGAAGAAAAACGCAUGAGGUUGCCCCCGGAAAACCAUGUUAAAUGGGCCUUGAUGAAACAUAUGGGGUAAGCUCAAAAGACUUAAAUGUGUAUUUUCGUUUUUUUUUACUUACAAUUGAAUGUGAAUAUUUUUUUAAAACUUUAAGGCAAUCUUUAAGAUAUGAUACAGAAUAUAUAUUUCCAAGUUUAUUUAAAUUUGCUAGCAAUUGUUUUUGCAACAAAAAUUGUGAAAAAUAUAUUCAAAGUUUAAAAAGUUUCCUGAAACUAAGGUGGAAUUGCAUAACAGCAUUUUUGUUGAAACAAUAAUUCGAAUUCGGCUCCGGCAGUUCUGUACUCUCCCGACGUUUAUGCGCGUUCAUCUUUAGGCUAUACUUUAUCAAGGGAAUUGUUCUGAAAAAAUAAUCAUUGAAUACAUGAUGCUAAAUACUUCGUAUCUCCAGCUGUUACAUAGUGAUGUUCCUUAAGCAGAGACUUUUAUUUAUUUUUCUUUUGCCCUUUUUUAAAAGUGCCAAUAGUAAGCAUUUCUACCUUUUGUAGUUUUGUACUGAAUAUUCUGUGCAAGAAUUAAUGGUGCUUAUCUUGUACCGAUAUAAUAAUUUGUAAUGCGUUUAUUAAAAAAAUUGUAUUAUUUUUAUCUAAACUUGCCCAAGUGCAUGUGAGAAUUGUUUAUUUUUUUUUUUCUUGUUAAUAAUUUAAUGUUCGAUCUGUAAAAACUCUGUGUAAUUGAUGUAUUUUAAAUAAUAAAUGAUAAAUAGUUAUAGAAUAUAAA